ACAGGAAGAGACCUUCUGUCACGUUUGUUUUGCUGAAGGGAGACGGGCUGGCACCGCGCGGGAACCAUACGGAUGCAAAAGGUUUAAUUCAGGGCAGCAAGAUGAAGAAGCAGAGGGAGAGCCAGUGCACUCAGAAGACCAUCUCAUUGCUGAGCCCCCUGGGGACGAUCCAACUCAGUGGAUGUGAGAAUGGUGUGCACACCAUCCAGAUCCUAAUGGAUGUCGCACCUGCUGAAAGGAGCAGCGAGGCCCCCCUGAGCUGUGUGGUCAACGAUAGCCCGGCAGAAACGAGCCCCGAGUUGCAGCGCUGCGUCGAAUGGCUCCAGGCGUACUUCAGUGAGCCGCAGACCACUGGGAGUCUCCCGCUCCCUGCCUUUCACCACCCCGCCCUGCAAGGAGACGCGUUCACCAGCCGUGUGCUGCACGUACUUCUGAAGGAUGUGAAGUUUGGAGAGACGGUAUCGUACAAACGCCUCGCUGAGAUGGCGGGAAACCCCAGAGCGGUGCGUGCGGUGGGAGGGGCCAUGAGGAGGAACCCGGUCUUCACCGUAGAUGCUCACUGCAAAUCUCUGAUUCUUGUAGGAAACCUGGCCCGCAUCAUUUUGCCCAUGAAUCCACUGUGUACAAAAUGGAGGGCUAGAGGGCAAGUGGUGUGUCUUCUUUUGAUCAAACCCUUUGAUCAAAGCCCGUUUAGCUCUGCCCAUGUAGUGCUGUGGGCACCACCGGUGUGCUCUGUGAGGCAGAGAACACUUCUUGUACAGAAAUGCAGCCAGUGAGAUGUUUUCCCUCAUAUGUGCUGUGAAAUAUCUUGUGUACAUCCUCAUCUUAGUACUGUGUUUUUCCUCUGAUACUGUUCUGUGAUUAAAGCAGGCAGAUCAUUUGUAAUGACAGACAGCAAUUUAUAACAAAAAAAUAAAUUCAGAUGAAACAUAGAAAUAGCAUCUUUGUGUUUUUAAUACUAUGCACUAGUUUCUCCACAUACUUUAUACAUUAUAUUAGCCAAUGGCAUUGCUUCUGGAUGGCUGUAUAAUACUUCUCAGUCUCAUGUUUUACAGACAUUUCUUUCCUUUCGUCAGGGAGGCUGGGAGCCUGAGCCCUCAGCUCCUGAUACAGAUCCAGAGUCAGAUUGUCAGUGUCAAUUACUUGUCAGUAGCGCUGCUCCACUCGGGCUUCAGCUGUGAAAAGCUCAGUGUGUUCAAUCGAUCCUUGCCUCUCUGUGGCACUUCUUCUUCACCAGGAUUUGAGUAUUGAUAAGCCUGGCGUA